CUCAUCGACCUCUGCCAACUGCCAUCGCACUUGCUGUUGGAGCUCGUGGAUUCGUGGUGCGCCCUCAUGGAAGGGGCCAUCCUCCCCAACCUGCCAAACACGAGGGUCGCCGUCGUUACCGGAGGGAAUAAGGGGAUCGGCUUCGAGGUGUGCCGGCAGCUUGCCAGCGGAGGAAUCUCCGUCGUCCUGACGGCCCGGGAUGAGAUGAGGGGCGGGGAGGCCGUCGAGAGGCUCAAUGCGCUGGGGCUCUCUCAUGUCGUCUUCCAUCAGCUGGAGAUCACGGACGCUUCGAGCGCCGCUGCGCUGGCUGGUUUUCUCAAGACCCGCUUUGGCAAACUAGACAUUCUGGUGAAUAAUGCCGCGGUUGGUGGGGUUGAGUACGGCCAGGAGUUCGAUACCAACGAGGAAAAGUUCAGUGGCCUGGAUUUCCACGAGAGAGUUGAGUGGAUGUUGAAGAAUGCUCGGGAGCCCAUCGACAGCGCGAAGAACAGCGUGAAGACGAACUACUACGGCACGAAGCAUGUAAUCGAAGCCCUGCUGCCUCUGCUUCAAGCUUCCUCCGAGGGAAGAAUCGUGAACGUCUCCUCCAAUUAUGGACUCCUAAGACAUAUCGGCAGCGAGGAGGUGAGGCAGGAGCUCAACGAUGUCGAUAACCUGACAGAGGGGAGGAUGGACGAUCUCCUGGAGAAGUUCAUCAAGGACUUCAAGGCCGGCGAGUUGGAGAUGCACGGGUGGUCUACGAAGUUCUCGGCGUACAAGGUGGCCAAGGCCGCCAUGAACGCCUACUCAAGGGUCCUGGCGAGGAGGCACCCUGAGCUGCACGUCAACUGCGCGCAUCCAGGCUUCGUCAAGACCGACAUGAGCAUGGGGUCCGGGGUCCUGACGCCGGAGGAGGGCGCACGCAACUUGGUGAAGGUGGCGCUGCCGCCUGACGGCGGGCCGACUGGCGCGUAUUUCGCCAUGGGCGAGGAGGCGCCGUUCGUGUGAGAUACCGGCGGCACGUGCGUGCGUGCCGUACACUUACUGAUGCGUUACGUGCUAGUUUGAGAUUGCGAAUAAUUAAGACGUGUCAUUUAUCUUUUUUCGACAAAGUGUGAGUUUUAUUGACUCAAUAUUGUUGACAAAUGAUUGUGUUUGUUCCAUAUAUACACCAAUAAUUCGUGCCGUAGUUGUCCUGCUUGU